GUCGCUUUCAUUCGCCAUUGCAGCGGUGACAGCGAAGAUGAGAGUAUCGGAUAGAAUGUCUUGACGGACUAGUAGUUGGGUGAAACCAAAAAAAUUUACAACAAAAGUGUGGAAGAGCGAAUUUGUAAAGGCGGCUGCCGAACGUCUAAAGUUGUUUUUUCUUUUUCUUUUGGUGAAUUAUUUAAUCAACAAUCCGAUCGUAAUGACGAAUUUUCAAGUUUGUCGAUGUUGUUUGAGGGAGAAUCCCGCUAGCACCUAUGCCAUUUUCGAUACAAUAACGGUUUUGGGUGUUGAUAACAAUGACUGUGACAUCUUCGAAUUUGGUGAAAGUUUGUGUGCUGCUUUGCUUACCUGCGCGCCCAACCUGCACCUUGCGCCCGGUGAUGGACUGCCGGAAGUGAUUUGUGACCAUUGUUUUUUGCGUGUGCGUGACUCCUUAGCAUUCAGGCGGCGUUGCGAGGAGAGUGAACGAGAGCUGAAACGUCGUUAUGCAGAUACGGAACGUGCCAUCGAAGAAGCACUACAUCUUGUCAAUUUGCUCGAUACUAAGGGACAGCAAGUAGCGGAUGAUUUGGGGUGUGCGGUUGGUCUGCAGCUGACAGGCGAAUUGGGUCCAAAUGAGCUUGCUAUGUUGGAUGACAUCUUGCAAUUGGAAGAGUACAGUCUUGAACAUGUGCCGCAUAGUGAAAUUUCUACAAAGAAACAAGGCAGUAAAGCACUCAUACAUCGCACCGUUAAGGAUCUGCGUCUACUGAACGAUACAGAAACUGUAGGUGACAGAUUGCAGACAUCCACAAACACUGUGGAGAAUCGCGCACACCAAGAAGGCCAACCAGCUAGUCCCCAACACACUCACACCGAUAGCUCAGCCUCUAACACUGAUUGCUCGUCGGUGGUGAAUGCUCACGAUAAUACACCCAGAUCGCGGCAUCCCUGCCCCGAAUGUGAAAAGAAAUUCACACGGAAAUUCCAACUCAAACUGCACAUGAUCUCGGUGCAUAAGCUCGGCGAUGGUCUGCAGUAUGAAUGCGACGUAUGUUACAAGACUUUCGCGUCACGUCACAGCCUAAGCUAUCAUCAGCGUUCCGUGCACUCGGAUGAACGUCCAUUUGCGUGUUCGCAUUGUGAUCGUCGUUUCGUUUUACGUACGCAACUCUCUUCACAUCUGCGCAUCCACACUGGUGAAGCGAAACCGCGUAACUUCGAGUGUCUUGAGUGUGGCAAGCGUUGGCCCACCAAAUCGGUAUUACGCACUCAUAUGCGCACACAUGUAACGGUACAGGAGCGCCCCUUCAAGUGUGGUGAGUGCACAAAGGCGUUCUUCACACGAGGCCAUCUCAAUUCUCAUCUACUGGUGCAUAGCGGCGAGAAGCCAUUUGCGUGCCCCACUUGUGGUAAGUCGUACCAAUGCGUGGGCAAUCUGAAUAAUCAUAUGGCACGGCAGCAUGAUUUUGAACGGAGCGCGGUACGUGGACGCAGCGCGACUUCGGAGAACUCUGAGCUAUAGGAAUAUCUCUAUCCUAUCCGCAUUUCAUAUAAUAUAUUCAUGUUUUUUUUAAUUAAUCGGUUAUUGUACUUACUAUAUUUUUUGUAUAGCUUAAUAGUCAUUUCUUUGAAGUAUUAAAUGAAAUGCUUUUAAUUAUAGAAGAUGUGCAUGUAUUUCCUUGGGUAAAUCGUAUAUGUACUUGUCGAGGCUGGUUAAUUGCACCGAGCAACAUUACGACGUGUUUGAAUUCGAAACUCUGAAGGUUUUAGGCUCUCCGUAUUAUGCAAUUUUUUCUUUUUUCUGCUAAACGCAGAAAACUUGAAGGAAUUGGAAAAUUGGUGUUUCAUAAACCAUAUUUAUUUGAUUUAUUUUCCAUUUUUUUGAGAAUUUAUAAAUCU